AUGCCUGACAUGCCUAAGUAUAGCAUUGCUGUGACUAUUGUCGGGGUCAUCCAGCUUUCGGGAAAGGUUACCUCCCUGGGCUAUGGCUAUAUUGGUGGGGUAGAUCGUGCUCCCAAGUAUCUUCGGGAGCUUGUUGAUGAGCUUGCCGCUCUCAGUAAAGUACUUAUCGCCAUACAAGAUCACACUGAUAAGGAACCAACUUCUGAAGUCAUACAUUCAUUAAACGAGGAAAGAGGGCCCCUUCAAGGAUGUGCACGGGAGUUGGAGAUACUACAGACGAAAUUAGAACCCAAGAAUGGAGAGGGACUUCAAUCAGUCAUGGAAAAUAAUCUCGAGUGGCCUCUUGAAGAAGAGCCGACGAAAGAAUACAUUGAGCGUGUCAAAAGACUGAAGGAAAUCUUUGAGCUUUCUUUGCAACCUGAACCCGAACGUACUGCAGAGGAUUUGGUUGGACUGGUGAAGAAGUAUACUGAGGACGAAGAUCUUGAAGUUCACAAGCUCCCCCUAGAUCACCCGGUUGUGGUAAAUUGGUAUAAGAGGGAGGAGGCUCUCCGAAUGGAGGAAAAGCGAGAGAAUGUGCUCAAUUGGCUAUACCCGGAAGACCCCGAGGCCAGGCAUAAUGAAAUCAGUAAUCGGAGGCAAAGGGAAACUGGCUCAUGGCUUACAGAGAGACCAGAAUUUCGGGAAUGGCUUCUGGGCAAUGAUCCUGCUUCUCUAUUCCUAUGGGGCUAUGGAAUCCUCAUCUCUGAAGCUGGUGCCGGAAAGACAUAUUUGAGUUCUGUCGUUGUCGACUAUUUUCCAUCUGGACCAUUGGCGGAAACGGUUAACUAUGGGCUAGCUUAUAUCUAUUUCGAUUACAGAGAGCAAAACAGGCAAGAACCCGAACAUAUCAUUGCAAGCCUCACCAAGCAACUUGGUAGCCAAACUCUUGGUUUACCAAUUGAAAUCCAAGAACUGCACGACAGAUUGACUCCUACCCGUGAGAGGCCUACAUAUGAAGAACUCUUUACUGCAUUGCUAUCUACCUUUGAGUCAUUCGAUCGGGUAUAUUUCGUGAUGGAUGGGUUGGAUGAAAUUAAGGAUUUAGGAAAGCGAAAGAAGUUCCUUGACCUAUGUCAUCGGAUUUCCAAAUAUGGCGUCCGUUUUUGGUUUGCAAGCCGAAAGGACGAGCACUCGGCCGAUAUCGAAGCCUCUAUGGACGAAGCGGGGGCAGCGAGAAUUGAGCUCCGAGUGGAUCAGGGUGAUAUCAAAAAAUACAUCUCGGAGAGGAUUGAUGACACCCCGCGAGCCAAACGCCUUGUCCAGCAGGGCAAGUCUAAGGAUAAAAUUAUCGACGCUCUUGCCAUGUGCGCCGGGGACAUGAUUCUACUUGUCCCCAAUUCGCCGUCUACUAUUCCAGAGCUUUUAGACGAGACUGUUACUGUGGCUUUGAUGACUUACCUUGGGUUCGAAUCUCUCUCGGUCAGAAUUACAAAUGAUGGACUGCCGGCUCGUCUCAAAGAGCAACCUUUCUUGAGUUAUGUGGUGACUCAAAUACAAUAUCAUCUUAAACUCUGCCCAGAAAAGGCCACCCUUAGUUUAGUUCUCAGAUUCCUUAGUAUGCCGGUAAAUAUCUAUUCAUAUUUGCAGGCAGCCUCAUUUUGCAAUGCGAAAAUGCGAGGUGAUAUUCUCAUUCCGGAGUUCCCUUCGGAGCCCCUCGAAUAUCCCGACUUUCCAACGAAACCUGCACUACACGUCGCAAUUAUUUUGGGACACUUUUUGGCGAUUGAGCACUUGAUAGAAAAUGGAGCAGAUCUCUGUGAGCCCGAUUCAUGGGGCCAGACUGUAAUCCACGAAGCGGUUUUAGCGGGAGAUGAGAACGUGUUCUGCUAUUUGUUGGAGAAAGGUGUUGAUGUUCUGGGGGCUGAUCACAAAGGCCAAACGGCACUGCAAAAAGCCUGCGAUAUAGGCAACGAAAGAAUGGUCAACCUAUUACUAGAGAAAGGGGCUGAAGUAAAAACUGUCGAUAUCACUGGUAAAAAUUGCCUUCACAAGGCAGCUUUGGGGGGUCACGAGGGAAUAGUAAAAAUAUUACUCGAACGCGACAUUGAUUUUACGGUCAUUGACGAACGUGGACAUAACCCGUUAAUGGAGGCGGCUUCCGGAGGACAUGAGGGAAUAGUAAAAAUUCUACUCGAGAAAGGCGCUGACACCAGUCUCCUUGAUGUCAAUGGUCGAUCUAUCAUUCACUUGGCGGCACAUGAUGGACACCACAAUGUGGUCCGGGUUCUCCUUGAAAAUGGAGUUUACGAUCUUUCACUCUUUGACAAGGACGGGCAAACGGCACUUCACAUCGCGGCGGCUCGAGGACAUAAGUCUACUUUGGAGGUAUUAGUUGAACACGGUGCCGAUAUCCACGGCAAGACCAGUGCUGGAGAUUCUGCACUUCAUCGAGCAGCAAUUUACGGGCAACGAACGAUAGCCAUGUAUCUCAUUGGAGAGGGACAUGUAGAUAUCUCAGUUUUGGAUGCGAAUGGAAAGACAGCGCUAGAGGUUGCCGAGAUCGCUAGGCGCGACCAGUUGGCAAUGGUCCUCAAAGGUAAUGGUGCUGAGGAAGAGAUUAAGGAAGCCAUAAAUCGUGAAAGGCUGGUCCAGGUAUUAAGAGGAAAUUUAAAUCCUGAAAAUCCUGAUGAAAGAAGCUUGAGGACAAUUUUGAAUUUUCUUUUGGCCUAG